AAUUUAAUAGCCAUUAGAAUAUAAGCAUUUGUCAUGAAAACGUCGUAUUUGAUAUUUGGAAUUUAUGUCCUAAUGGACUUGGCUAGUAGCGCUGAACGCAGCAUUCGAAUUCUCUUUGACGAAUUUAAGAUUAAGUACAAAGUGACAGAUAUUUUUGAGAAGGUGGAAUGUCAUUUGGCUCAAUUAAACAACCGAAGCUACAUCAACGCAGAGGUGAUUCUCAAAAGGGAAAUUAACGAUAUGACCAUUCGAGCCACCAUGGAUUUUUGGAAACCAAACUCUCAAUUAAAUAUGAAAGUGUAUGAUGUUCGUCUGAAUGGAUGUGACUUACUUCGAAGUAUUAACACAAAUAAACUGUUCAGUUUUUAUGUAAAGACCAUCAAAAAGCACGCUAAUGUUAUUUUGGCAUGUCCAUUUAAAGCGAACUUCAGCUACAAGAUGGUGGAUUGGUUUUUGGAUGAAAAAGAUCUACCACUAUUUGUGCCAGUCGGUACUUUUCGAACCUUUACUGAAUUUUACACCCAAAAACGACUCGGCCUACGUCUUGUAGGACGUGGAAAAGUUUUGACCAAAUAAUAAUCCCUUGCGAUAAAACAAUAUAUUAAUAUUAAUAUAUUUUUAAAA